AUGACAAGUUCUAGUCUUUUCGAUAACGACGCGCUUCCGCGAAACGCGGCGAAUUACGCGCCGUUGACUCCGUUGACUUUCAUCCGCCGCGCCGCCGACGUGCACGGCGACCGAUGCGCCGUGGUGUACGGCGACCAAUCGUGGACGUGGCUUCAGACGUACCGCCGCUGCUGCAAACUCGCGUCCGCGCUGCGCCGCCGCGGCAUCGGGAAGAACGACACGGUCUCAGUGCUGGCACCUAACGUGCCAGCUCUGUAUGAAGCACAUUUCGGUGUGCCCAUGGCGGGGGCUAUUCUCAAUGCCAUCAACACGCGCCUGGACGCCCGCACCGUCGCUCUCAUCCUCGCCCACGGCGCUGCUCGCCUGGUCAUGGCGCACCGCUCCCUGGCGCCACUGCUCACUGACGCCCUGCUGCUGCUGCCGGGCCUGCUGCGGGAAAAGGGGCGUCUGUCAGGCCUCCCACAGGUUGUCAUCAUCGAAGAUGCUGACGUGGAGCCAUUCGAUCAGAGCGAUCCAGGUGGCAGCGCUGCUGACGUGGCAGCCCUGGCAGCAUCACUGAACAGAGGAGGGGGAAGGGGAGGGGUCAGGGGAAGAGGAGGGGGAGGGGAGAGGGGGGGAGUGGUGACGUAUGAGGAGCUGGUGGGGGAGGGGGAUGAGCGGUGCAGGCCCCAUGCGCCUGCACCAUACAGUGGAGAGGAUGAGUGGGAUGUCAUUGUGGGUGGAGGUGCGUGCAUGGGGCCUGCACACUCGUCUUCACUGUACCCCUGUAUUGCCUCUCUGUCACUUCCCCCUGCUUUGAUUUUCCUUGUGCUUUCCCCCUCACCUUCUCCCUUCGCUCUCUCAUCCCCUCUCUCCUCUCCUCUCUCCUCCCCUCUCUCCUCCCCUCUCUCCUCCCCUCUCUCCUCCCCUCUCUCCUCCCCUCUCUCCUCCCCUCCCCCUCCUCCGCUUCCCCAUCCCCCAUCCCCCAGUGGCGUGGUGUGCACACAUAGAGGCGCGUACCUAUCAGCCCUGGCGAACGUGCUGGCAUGGGGCCUGCACGCGCAGCCAGGGGGGCAGGCAGCGCCCCGUGGUGUGGUGUGCUCGCACAGGGGCGCAUACCUAUCAGCCCUGGCCAACGUGCUGGCAUGGGGGCUGCACGCACUGCCAAGCGGGCAGCGCCCCGUGUACCUGUGGACGCUGCCUCUCUUCCACUGCAACGGCUGGACCUACCCCUGGGUGCUCGCUGCUGUUGCCGGCACCAAUGUUUGCUGUAGGGAGGUCACAGCGGGCAGCAUUUUCUCUCUCAUCCCCCGCCAUCGCGUCACCCACAUGUGCGCCGCCCCUGUCGUCCUCUCCUUCCUCAUCCACGCGCCCGACUCCCUCCGCCUGCCCUUCCUCGCCGCCCAACUCGGCCAGAGGCGUGGGGGGAGUGACUAUAGCGAGGGCAGAUGGGAGGGAAAUAGCGAGGGCAGCAGGGAAGGUGGAAGGGAUGGGUAUAGUGAGGGGAAUGGGGAGGGCAGCAACAGGGGGAGGCAGAAGGCGAGGCGGGUGCAUGUGAUGACAGCGGGGGCGGCGCCGCCGCCGGCAGUGCUGGCGGGGAUAGAGGCAAUGGGGUUUGACGUGCUGCAUGCAUACGGGCUCACGGAGACGUACGGGCCGGCUGUGGUGUGCGAGUGGCAGGAUGAGCGAUGGCGGGGCGCAGAUGAGAGCGAACGGGCUAGGCUCAAGGCACGACAGGUGUGCACCUGGUGUGGUGGGUGGGGGGUGAAGGGUAUAGCUAAAGGUGUGCAAGCAGGCCACAUCUCCCCACCCCCCACAUCUCCCCACCCCCCACAUCUCCCCACCCCCCACAUCUCCCCACCCCCCACAUCUCCCCACCCCCCACAUCUCCCCACCCCCCACAUCUCCCCACCCCCCACAUCUCCCCACCCCCCACAUCUCCCCACCCCCCACAUCUCCCCACCCCCCACAUCUCCCCACCCCCCACAUCUCCCCACCCCCCACAUCUCCCCACCCCCCACAUCUCCCCACCCCCCACAUCUCCCCACCCCCCACAUCUCCCCACCCCCCCACAUCUCCCCACCCCCCACAUCUCCCCACCCCCCACAUCUCCCCACCCCCCACAUCUCCCCACCCCCCACAUCUCCCCACCCCCCACAUCUCCCCACCCCCCACAUCUCCCCACCCCCCACAUCUCCCCACCCCCCACAUCUCCCCACCCCCCACAUCUCCCACUCUCUUGGGCACGCCACCCUUCCCUUCCCCCACCGGGAUCGCUCUAAGGACAUAAUCAUAUCGGGCGGGGAGAACGUGAGCAGCAUAGCAGUGGAGGCAGUGCUGUAUCCCCACACCCUCCCGACCCCCCACAUCUCCCACUCUCUUGGGCACGCCACCCUUCCCUUCCCCCACCGGGAUCGCUCUAAGGACAUAAUCAUAUCGGGCGGGGAGAACGUGAGCAGCAUAGCAGUGGAGGCAGUGCUGUACCGCCACCCCACCGUGCUGGAGGCUGCAGUCGUGGUCCGCCCUGAUACCAUGUGGGGGGAGUCUGUGACUCAUGGCGUCCACUCUUCGCUCAUCCGCGCGCCACUUCCGCGCCGCCACCGCCGCCGCAUUCGCCGCCCGCUCCGCACUCCCGCGCACGCCGCGCGUCGCCGCCUCACUCGGAUCCGCCGCAUCGUUGCCGCGCGUCCACCAACACCCAGCACGGCCAUUCGCCCUCGCGCCCUCUUCUCACGCCUCACCGUCACUGCAAGCACCACCAGCAGCAUCAGACCUCCUCACUCGCUCCUCCUUCGCGUCACCCAUGCUGUCCUUUUCCAUCUUGGCGCGAGGCGCGGCGAGCUUUGA